UUACUUUCCAACAGCAGGUUAUGACUCAAUUUGCGUAUUUGACUUGUGCAUCGUACACGUGACAGUGCCAGGAUGAUUUACAAGGCUGUCUAACCCACAGGAUGCAUUAAACUCGGGGAGAACGAACAAGAGAGAAGAAGGUAUCACACAUAUUGACAGCUGUACAGAAUGGAAAGCAACAGAGAGACCGAUCCACUACUUUCUAGGGGAAAUGGGCUUCGCCAUAGAGAUCUUCAUACUAAUCGCCAUCACAAGGAACUGGUAGACAUUGUAGAUAUGGACAUGCCCAAAUUUCUGCCUAAAUGCCCAGUUACAGUGGAGCCAUAUGCUUUUUUCUACUUCUUUGCCAUACUUUCUUUGUUUUCAAUAUUUCCCCAGUAUUUUUACAAGAGAAUCGGUGAGGAUCUCGGAUAUGUGGGGAAUAAGUCGGAUUCUGGCGCGGGGUGUGAAGGAAGUAACGACACAAAUAGUACCAUGUAUGCCUUACAGCAGAAGGUGCAGGCAGAGUCAUCACUAUGGCUGAUGUACACAAGCAUUUGUACCCUGGUUCCAGCAAUCAUUGUCACCGUAUUCUACGGAGGCCACAGUGACACAUUUGGGCGAAAACCAUCCUUGAUUCUACCCUGCCUGGGCUCUUUAAUCAGAAGUGUGUUUACAGUAUUUGCAGUUUAUUUUGAGUGGCCUCUGUGGAGUUUUCUACCAGUGUGUUUCGUUGAAGGACUGUUUGGUCAGUAUGCCACUGCUCUAAUGGGAUGCUUCACAUAUAUCUCCGAUAUUACCACAACGAAGAACCGUGCCUUCAGAAUUGCAAUCACUGACCUCUUGCUGUUAUUUUCAAUCGAGGCUUCUCAGAUCUCAAUGGGGUAUCUCAUUAAACUUUCUCCUAAUUUUCUCAUCCCCAACAUCAUUGUGACGGGAUCUUUGUGCUUAGCCUUACUUUAUGUUGUUUUUUGCCUGCCUGAACUCAUACAGAAGGAUCCCAACGCCAAACUGCUCGACCUGAAACAUGUGCUCCGAAUGGCUCAGCUGUAUUUUCACAAACCGGGGGAGAAUUUACCAGGCAGAGUGUGGAAGUUGAGACUGUUAUUGCUGGUUUUGUUCCUCAGUGCCAUGUCCAUGGUCUCCAGUUCAGCAGUGGACAUGCUGUAUCUACUCAACAGUCCUUUUUGCUGGACUAGUACCCAGAUUGGAUGGUUUAAUGCUAUUAAUGCUUUAAUUAUACAGGCUGGUAGCUUUGUGGGUCUGCUCAUAAUGAGAAAGCUAUUGAAGAUAAAGGAAGCGUAUAUUGCACAAAUGGCCAUGGUACUGGUGUUUGCCAACAAGAUCCUGGUGGCUUUUGCACAAUAUGAAUACAUGAUGUAUAUUUCAUGUUUUGUUAACAUGUUUUUCUUCCUGAUUAUCCCAAUGUUGCGUGCCUUGAUGUCAGAGCAGGUGACACAUCACGAGCAAGGCUCACUAUUUGCCAGCAUCUCUGCUGUUGAGAACUCAUGCAGUUUAUUUGGAGGCACUCUCUUCAAUUCUAUCUACACUGCCACUGUUGCCUGGUUCAGGGGAUUUGUCUAUUUUGUGAUUGCUGCAUUUUAUGUGCUGUCUUUUUCAGUACUAAGUGUGUACUCCUGUAAGACACGUGGUGAGAGCCCCCCUGUGAUAGAAGUUGAAACCCCUGAAGAUGAUGAUGAGGAGGAAAGAUCAAGAAAUAGGGAUGAAAUUAGUUCCUAA